UCCUCUCUCUUCUGUGAGACUCAGAGCAUGUGAUGAACAACAGACUUCUUCAGGCCAUUCGCAAAUGUGUUGCCUCAACUCCAGGGAAUCAACAACUGACCUCACAGCUGUCUGCUCUGCGCUGGGCGUAAAGGGACCAUCUCUGUGUUGCUGUAGAGUACUGGUUCAUAUUCUCCACCACCACCAUGGACCUGACCACGCUCUCAGACGACGAGGCCAAGCACAUCUGGGAGGUCAUACAGAGAGACUUCACCCUCAGGAAGAAAGAAGAAGAGAGACUGGGGGAUCUAAAGACUAAGAUAGAGAAGGAGGACACUAAGAUUGAGCUGCUGGGGACUCAGACCACCCUGGUAGACUCUCACUGUAUCCGCUGUCUGCAGCCCUUCAAGUUCCUGGUCAACAGUAAGCGUCAGUGCAUAGACUGUAAGAUGUACACCUGCAAGGCAUGCAGCCGCUACAACAAGAAGGAUCACGGCUGGGUGUGCGACCCCUGCCGGAUGACAAGGGUCCUGAAAAUCGGAACGGUGGGAUGGUACCAUGACAACGUGCGCACCCGUUUCAAGCGCUUCGGCAGUGCCAAGGUGAUGAAGUCUCUUUACAAGCGACUCAAUGGAGAGGGCACCCGUCGUGAUAGUGACACACAAAGCAUGCCCGACUUCCGCAGUAAGUACAACGGUCAUGACGAGGACUAUGCAGAAGCAGAAGCGCAGCGAUACAAAAUGAUGCGCAAGAACAAGCGCCUGCUCUCUGUUCAUCCCAUGGACUUGGAUGUGGAUACUCACUCGCGUCGACAAUCCUUCCAGCAGAUCCAGGAGGAGCGAGGCGGUGGUCGCCGGGGUGACAUGGAGUACAUGGACAUGCAGCAACAACAACACCGUAUGAACCGUAGGAAGAGCCUGGAUAGGUACAACAUGCGCCCUGACGAUGGACAGUAUGGGAUGGUGCGUGCCCGCUCCCUGUCCAAGAUCAGCUCCUCUAUGAACCGCCAGCACUAUGUGGACACGUCAGAAGAGGAGGAGGGAGGGCGCAACACCAUGUACCAGACCCCCCAUCGCCAACGCCCUUCCCACGGCCUAGUUGGCUCUCACGAGAACCUGCAGGUCCCCCCACAGCCACCGAUCAAUGCGCUAAACAAGCGCAUGUCAGCCAUAGAGAGUCUCCUCAACCGGCUGGAGUCCAAGAUGACCGUACCCCCCGAUGAUGAGGCGACGUCCCCGACCGCUGCACAGAUAGAGGAGGAGAAGCUGAGGAGGAAGCUGAGCGAGCUGGCGGGGAACAUCAGUGUUCCCUCCUCCGACGAGGAAGCAGGGGGAGGGGGGAAGAAGAACCCUUUAUUAAAGAGGGCCGCUGUGAAGAGUACACCCCCAGUCCUCCCCCUGGAGCCCCUCAGCUCCUCCAGCGAUGAGGGUCCCACUGAGGCUCAACAGGUGUACAUGACCUCAGGGAAGUCUUUUGACCUGGAGAAGAAGCUGAGGCAUCUGGAGCAGAGUGCCAAGAACCGCUCGGAGGGGCCGGACUCGGAGCUCUCUGAACUGGAGGAUGUGGUGGCGCUGACUGCACAUCGGGUCCAGAGCACUGAGAGUGAGGUGUCUGAUUUGGAGAACAAGCUUGCUGCUCUAAGUGCCUCAGGGAAGAAAAAGAUAUCAGGUUCGCAGAACAGGAAAAGGUUUAACCAAGACUUCCCCACAAAAACCAGCAAUGGCUCAGGAUCCCUACGGAAAUCAAAUCACAUGUAAAGGACUGUGUGACGAACAACCCAAUGAUACUGUAUGUAUUAACUUAGUUACUUAAAUCUACCUUAAACCUUAUCUGUCACUGAUCCACUGUAUAUCUGAUGCCACUCUCAUAUCCACAUUGCUACAGUAUGUUAAUGGUAUUCCACACCCACAAUGCACAGCAGCAAUGUAAUGUAAAAGCAGGAUACACAAUAACUAUGUUAAAUGCAAAAACAACCCUGGUUUACAGCCUGAAAAUCAUAUGCAUUCUAAAGUAUCCUCUCAGUCUCAGUGUAUCUCAUGUCUAAACUCAUGAAAAGAUCUGAUGUGAUUGGUCAAAAGGGCAAUUUGUGGAAAAAAAUAUCAGAAUUGGUCUUCCUGUCUGAACACAGCCUAAGUGUCCUGAUUUAAAAAAUGAAUCUUUGUGCCAUAUAGGCUACGUUCAAGCAGAGGCCAAAAUUGACUUUUUGUGUUAAAAUGGAGUUUGAUUAGUGAACACUGGUAAAGUGGUAGUUACUGAACACAAUCAUUACCUAGUCUAAUAAUUACCUUUUGGGUUCUAUGGGACUCUGAGAAACAAGCACCACGACAUCACCAAUUGUGUUAAAUUCAAAUCACAGAGUGUCUGUUGCAUAAAGUCUAACUGUAAGUCGCUCUGGAUAAGAGCGUCUGCUAAAUGACUAAAAUGUAAAUGUAAAUGUAAAGUCUUAGUAAAUAUCUUUCCGAAAAAGAACAGUGAAAUGAUGCCUUAACACUGACCAGACAAGUAUGAUAUGAAAUAAGUUAUCGCUCUAGUCUGGAUAAUAAUAGUUUUCAAGGCAAUUAUAAAUAUUGCAGUAGGAUGAAUAUAUAUAUAUAUAUAUAUAUAUACUGUAUCAUUUGAAAAGCAGUAGUGCGUUAUGCUGUCAUUGGGCUUCUGCAUCUAAUAAAUUGUAUCACAUCAACUGUUGAGUGUUUCUAUUCUGAGGGUAUCUUAACAUACGCUGAAGGUAAGAAGGCCUUCUAUGCCGAUCCCAUAUUGGUAGAGUGAUUGCAGGCAGACACCUGCUGCCACAGCAUUUUCAUGUUCAUAUUACUUAACAUUAUUGCUUAGCCAAUCAUGGUGGUCUUGAGAUCCUGUUAGCAUUCUCAACCAUCGAUGUUGAAAACAUUGUAUUUAACAUACCAUGGCAAAGCGUUGCCAAGGAAUUUCAUUGAUGUUCAACCAAGUCUAUGUUCAAGAUGUCAAUUGUUAUUCUGGUGAAUGAGCGCACUUGACAUAAUGAUCACAGAGUAUUGCAAUAAUUUAAAAAAAUACAAAUUGUAGGACAAACACAUGUACUUUUACAAUCUCGAUUAAACUGUAAUAACAUAUCAAUGACACUAGAAAGCAUCAAUUAAACUGUAAUAACAUAUCAAUGACACUAGAAAGCAUCAAUUAAACUGUAAUAACAUAUCAAUUACACUAGAAAACAUCAAUUAAACUGUAAUAACAUAUCAAUGACACUAGAAAACAUCAAUUAAACUGUAAUAGCAUAUCAAUUACACUAGAAAACAUCAAUUAAACUGUAAUAGCAUAUCAAUUACAGUAGAAAACAAUCAUUCAGGGCAAGUCUGGUAUCUGUCCCCACUAGAGGAAGUGAUUGCACUAGAAAACAUCAAUUAAACUGUAAUAACACAUCAAUUACACUAGCAAACAAUCAUUCAGAGCAAGUCUGUUAUCUGUCCCCACUAGAGGAAGUGAUUGCACUAGAAAACAUCAAUUAAACUGUAAUAACAUAUAAAUUACACUAGAAACAAUCAUUCAGAGCAAGUCUGUAUCUGUCCCCACUAGAGGAAGUGAUUGCAGCAGUAGCUCUGGAUUAGCACUGAACUCUCAUGUAUAAUUGUCGGUUAUGUCUACACCUGUUGUAUU